AUGGCGACAAUUUCGAGCCUGGAUGGGGCAGCAGUUCGGAAAAAUGAGCCGCAAACCCGCAGCUGUCAAAAAUGUAACCAGCGAAAAACGCGCUGUAGCAAAACGCUGCCCUGCGCCAGCUGUGUCAAGCUAGGGAUGGAAUGCGUGUUUCCUCCUCCAGGUCGCGCGCCACGGAGGAAAAAGCGAGCGUUGAAAGCCGAGCUGGUGUCACGUGUGCAAGAUCUUGAGCUACAGCUGCAGAUAGCCAAUCGAAGAAUGACCAAUAUCGAUUCGAAUAACGAAGAAACACUCCGUUCCCGCAGUAGCGCCUCCCCGGAUCUUCUUUCUCGGGAUAGCUCAUUGAGCGGCAGGCUUGUGAAUGUUCAGGAUAGAAAAUUUGGUCAAUUGAUUGUCGACGGCGACACCAGUCGAUAUGUGAACCAUGAGGCACUUGUGAGCUUUCAAAAAGAGAUCAAAACUAGCAGAUGUCGACAAAGCGCAUCCCCAAAUGAGCCAGAGUUAAAUGAGAACCCCAACACAUUUCUCUUCGGGUUCCGUUCAGUCGCCUACAAUCUUCACGAUUUACACCCGUCGCCAGUCACUAGUUUAGCCCUAUGGGAUGUUUAUGAGAGAAAUGUUGCCCCGCUCGUCUUGAUUCUCCACAGGCCGAGCAUUCGUAAACUAAUCGGCAAAGCAGCAACCAACGCAGACUUCCUUGAUCCUAGCUCUGAAGCGCUUGUAUUUGCAGUGUAUUUUGCGGCCGUCACGAGCAUGGAGCCCGAGGAGUGUCGUGAUCAGCUAGGAGAAGAUCACCAAUCUGUCUUGCAGCACUACCGCUUUGCGACAGAGCAGGCCCUUGCCCGUGCAGACUUUCUACAUGCCAAACAACUUACCAUUGUACAGGCCGCAGUACUGUUCUUGAUCGCUAGAUGGCGAUCUGGUGAUGUACGAUUUGUCUGGGCCAUGACAGCAGUAGUAUUAAGGCUUGCACAGGGAUUGGGCCUACACAGAGAUGGAACAAAGCUUGGGAUUGAGCCUUUUGAUACGGAAAUGCGCCGUCGAUUAUGGUGGCACAUUUACUUGUUGGAUAUACAGACCUCGGAGCAUCAAGCUACAACUCCCCAGAUUUUUGAAGGAACCUACGAUACCGAGCUGCCAUUGAAUACCGAUGAUAGCGACCUGUCCCCCGAAUCGGAAGAGCCUUUCAUGGGGAGAACGGGAUUUACUGAAACAACUUUCUUCCUGAUUCGGUGCGAGUUCAACAUGAGGUAUCGUCAAUUAAUGCACGGCUCGAGCCCAAAGCUCAGCUCAAAUCAAUUAACAAUUGAGGACACGACUACUGCACUCUAUGAGCUUAACACAUUCAUCGAGAACCAAUGGCUUCGAUUCUGCGACCGUACUAUCCCCAUUCAGUGGGUCGCUGCCACGGUUACCCGGGUUGCCCUGGCGCGGUUAUGGUUGACCGCCCAUUUAAGUCUACAACGAACGGGCGAAUUGAGCACCAAAGUCUGGCAGCAACGUCGCGAGGUUCUUUUCCAGACGGCCAUUGAAAUAUUGGGAUUUGCACAUCUUCUCGAAAGUAGCGAGGAGACAAGACAAUGGUCAUGGAUGUUCCAAAUGUAUCGCCAGUGGCAUGCUUUUGCCUUCAUUCUGUCCGAGCUUUGCGUUCGCCCCCCGUCUGCCCUUGCAGAUCGUGCGUGGACAAUCGCAAUCCUCACGUAUCAAUGGUGGCAACGUGAUGGGCCACCGAAGGGGUGGGUUCUUUGGGAGCCGCUUUCUCAUCUCAUCCAGCGUGUUGCUACAACGCGUGACAACCAACAACAUACUUCCCAGAUUGAGGUAUCCGAAGAUCAAAUCCAGGAGACCCAUUUUUCGUUCCCUGCAGAUUCAUUGCGUAUUGCCUCGAUCUGGACUUCGCAGGAUCUAGAACCAUCAACAACAGAGACAUCGUUAAACCAGGAAGCUGGCCCUUCAUCUAUGGACAUUUACAGGGAAACAAUAGUAGAUACAAGUCUGCACCGAGGUGAUGAUUGA